UUUUGUAUUUUUCUGCCGGGGAUGGGCCAGAUUGGGAAGGGCGGUACGAGGGUGAGACUUGGCGUUGGUGUUUUGGAACAUCAAAGAUGGACAGGGUUUUCGCGGAGGUCGCUUCUCAGAUAUCUCCACAACUACAGAUCGGGGAUCUUCCAAAAUCGAGAAGAUUGGUGCAUACGGCUAGGUCUCUUCACCUUACAAUUUGUAUGGCAAUUUGGCCCGGGGUUGUGGUGUGGUAGGGGAGAAUGGGGGAUAAUCCCACGCAGGAGUUCCGAACGACGUCUGGUUCACAUUUGGCUGGAUAACUCCACCACCACACGGGGUAUGCGGUCGGCAAUGGGGUCAAAAUGCUCGUAUGAUCGAGGGCUUUUCGAUGGAUCUAUCGGCGGGUUCUUAUUCGAAAAAUCGAGCGAGUUCGUGGUGGAGCGGUUUCUGAUAGAAGCUUCUAUGCUCAUUUUCCUGUCUUUCACACUUCUGUUUAACAGAUCUGUAAGAGAGAUAGUAAUCUGUGAAUAUGCAUAG